AGCGAUGCCUGCUUCAGUGCUUCUAUUUGGACCUCCUCCUUCCUCCUCUUCUUCUUCACUGCUACUCCAUUCUCCUGCAUCAUCAACAACGACGCUAACACACACCAAACACCAACCCGGAAAGGAGAAAAAAAGGAACUUUGAUUGCAGUGAGUUGGGUAGAAUACUACUCGUAGUUUGAUCUCUCCUUGUUUGAGGUCAGUGCUCGAGGCAAUAAUGGUGGCCGUGGAGGCGGCGGCGGAGGGCCCGAUCCGGGCGGAGCCCAAGGUGGCGGCGGCGCCGGAGGCGGAGGCCAAGGUGGAGGUGAAGGGUGAUGCCCCCGCGGCGGGGGAGGUGGUGGAGGAGGAGAGGGAGUACAAGAGCGACAUGAGGAAGCUGGAGGAGCUCAUGUCCAAGCUCAACCCCGGCGCGCAGGAGUUCGUGCCGUCGUCGCGCCGCGCGGCCACGGUGGCACAGGCGGCGAAGACGGGGGGAGGGGUGCUCUCCGCCGACGCGCCGGUGUUCGUGUCCGCCGCCGAGUGCUUCGGCGUCGGCGGCGGGAGCAGGGACUCCAGCAGCGACGGAUCCAGCAACGGCGGCGGCCACCCGCUGAAUCGCCGGCGAAGGAAUAGCUUCAACCUGGGGAGGCGAAGGAUGGGGGGCCGGCCCGGACGGGCUGAUAGGGAGGAUAGUGUGCGGCGGACCGUCUAUGUCUCUGACAUUGAUCAGCAUGUGACCGAACAGAAGCUCGCUGAAGUGUUUUUGACCUGCGGACAAGUGGUAGAUUGUCGUAUCUGUGGUGACCCACAUUCAAUCCUGCGCUUUGCCUUCAUCGAGUUUGCUGAUGAUGCUGGUGCAAGAGCAGCAUUAACACUUGGGGGAACCAUGCUUGGUUAUUAUCCUGUUAGAGUUUUACCUUCUAAAACAGCAAUUCUACCUGUGAACCCUAAAUUUCUUCCUCGAACUGAAGAUGAGAAAGAAAUGGUCUCUAGGACUGUAUAUUGUACUAACAUAGAUAAGAAGGUUACGGAGGAUGAUGUGAAAAUUUUCUUUCAGCGUGUGUGUGGAAAGGUUUCUCGACUGAGGCUCCUUGGUGACUAUGUACACUCCACAUGCAUUGCUUUUGUUGAGUUUGCUCAAGCAGAAAGUGCAAUUCUAGCCCUGAACUUCAGUGGCAUGGUCCUUGGUUCGCUUCCUAUCAGGGUGAGCCCUUCCAAGACACCAGUCCGUCCGCGGUCCCCUCGCGUGAUGUCUAACUGAACCCCUCCCGUUGCAAGCAGUCGCCAUGGAGGGUGCCAUCAAUGGCAGAUCACCACAGGCGGGGCUGCUUCUAGUCGUCAUGAUCGCCUUAGAGCCGUCGCUUCGCGGAGUAACCGUUGUUCCGAGAGUGUCCCAGCACCUAGUCGUCGUAGGAAAGCCAACUUGCUGCAAAUGUUCUUCUGUCGGAGACCCAUGCAUCUCUGUUUCUUUUGCUCGGUAUCCUUGUGUUAGUUACGGAUGGAUUCUUCUAUAACAGCCUUUUCUGGCAUUGGAAGAAUAAUGUCUAUUGCAUUUCUUCUUUCUA